UCCUCCUAUGCAAUUUAAAGGUCAAUCCGUUAGCUUAAAUUGACUUGCCUAGCAUAAGAUGAGUUAGUUGAGAGAAGAAAACAAGGUUAUAAACAUAGUGAGUUUUUAUUUUCAUUGUGGGGUGCUACUAGGAGCUGUAUAGAUAGAGACCUUUGCUUACUACUACCUCAUUCCUUCUUCCUUCCUUCCUUCCUUCCCUCCCUUCAUUCAUUCAUUCAUUCUCCCUUAUCUCCUCAGCCAUAUUUUCCCUUCAUCUUUGUGAACCUUAGAGAACAGAAACAAUUAGAAAGGACUAUUGGAUGGGGAAUUGCCAAGCUGUGGAUGCUGCAGUUCUUGUGAUCCAACACCCUUGUGGGAAGAUUGAUAGGUUAUAUUGGCCAGUAACUGCAAGUGAGAUUAUGAGGAGUAACCCAGGUCACUAUGUUUCUUUGAUAAUACCAUUGCCAGUUCCUCCACCACCACACAGACAAGAACAGAAUAAUAGUAAUAAUAAUAAUAAUAAUAAUCAUAAUAGUAAUAAUCAGGAGCAGCAGCAGCACCACAAGACUGUGAGGUUUACACGUGUUAAGCUUCUAAGGCCUAAUGAGACUCUCAAUCUUGGCCAUGCCUACAGGCUCAUCACUACUCAAGAGGUUAUGAAGGUCUUGAAAGCAAAGAAGAAUCCUAAGAGCAGAAAGCAACAGGUUGAGGCAGUUGAGAAGAAGCUGGAAGAAAAGAAGAUUUCAGCUACUGAAACAGGAGGGGAGUCUGAGACAGGAAAUACAUAUCAGGCAAUGAGAGCAGAGAGACAUAGGCCUCGGACGGCGGCAUCGGUAAAUCCAGCAGCACUAAGGUCAAAAUCAUGGCGCCCCUCUUUACAAAGCAUCUCAGAAUCCGCAAGUUGAUUGGGGUUCUGUUGUGACAUGCAUAAUGUUUCACAGAAUAGAACAUAAUUCAACUGCCUCUUUGAUCUUGCAAGUUUUCCAUUUGGAUGAUUCAUAGUAAAUGAGCAUGGAAAUUCAACCAAGACUUGAAGCAGGAUUUCUAUUGCAUCACCAAUCACACCCUAAGGCCUCAAUGGCAAAGGCAUGUUUCAGUGAUAGCGUAUUUGUAUAGCACUGAGAAGAGAAGCAAGGGAAAAGGGAAAAAAAUUUGAAAAAGUAAAGAAAAGAAAAAGGAGCAAUGAUGUAUAAAUCUAUUAGAAGUGAGUAAAAGAAAAGAAAAAGGAGCAAUGAUGUAUAAAUCUAUUAGAAGUGAGUUUUGUUAUUGAUAUAGUUACAGCAUCCAGUCA